GUUUCCGCGAGCGGUUACGUUCGCCAUUUGGGUCGUGACCACGGAGUCGUGACCGUCAUCAAGGUUAAGGGCUUGGAAAUCGUCGUCCGCCCGCGACGAAAGGGGAGGCCGACUGCUUCCCUGGGAGAACGAGCGUCACCCGCUCAUCGCUGUUCGCGUCAACCCCCUGUGCAGCACCGCAUUGACUGUCGACCGUCGACCGACAUCGAGACACUUUUCUACUUUGGCAUUGACGAAACAUGGCUUAUUGAAGAAGAUGAAGGGUGCGCAAAAAGAUAUUGUUUCUCCGAGGAGAGGAGACGGAGGAGACAGCAGCAGCUGCGGCGAGGCGAGUCACCAGAUUAUUAACUGUAGUCAAUCCGCAAAUGGACGUGAGAUCAAAAUUCAAGCUGUCCCCCGCGAAGGGGACUGCUGCUGAUUCGAGAAGGAACAAAGAUGUCAAUAAAGAGCUCCAUCUGGGAACUUUGCGCAGAAGAGAACUCACUGGCGCUAACAACUUUCCUAACAAUGUACAACCAACAAAGUACAAUGUACAGAAAACAAAAGAUCUUGUUAAGAGACAGAGACCUAAAGGACAAUAUCAUGGCGGUGCAAAGGAGAAUUCCAAGGUAGUGGAGGAGAAUUUGUAUGAGCAUGGCUCAGUACUGGUCCCAACAGGCAAAAAGAACGGCAAUCAUUUGCUGAAUUUUCACUACGAGCGAUAUGCAAAGGGAGAUGCACAAAGCAGGGAUGUAGGGAGACAUAGCUCCAACAGCAAUAGAUUACUUCCGCCAGUGCAGCGACAUAAAUACAAAAAGGAACAGUUCGUACAAGCUAGUUGCCAAUUUGUCGUGACUGAAAGCAGAGAUUAUUCUUUGCAUUUGACUAACCCUGAUAUUCUUGUGGAUUGGGAAUCGAUUGAGCAAAUUAUAUUACACAACUCAGAAAAUCUCUCUUGUCCUAUUUGUUUACAUCCACCAGUCGCAGGUAAAAUAACUUGUUGUGGUCAUGUUUAUUGCUGGCCUUGUAUUCUUCGUUAUUUACGUUACUGUCAAACAAAAUCCAGUAAAUGUCUGAUUUGUGAUGAAUAUUUCCACAAAAAUGAUUUGAAAAGCGUGAUCGAGAUUACGCGUAGCAUGCUCAAUUUGGGCGAAACAAUCACCCUAUGUUUAAUGCGUCGUGAAAAGAAUUCUUUAUUCGCAACGCCUGUGAAAUCUGCUGUUCAACCCCCGGCAAAGUUUUUGUCUGUUUCAGAAAAUGUCGAUACUCAAAUAUAUUCAAAACUUCUGAUCGCAAAUAUAAAAGAUAUCGUGAACAUUAUAGAGUGCGAGUAUUCGCAAUUGAAAUUUGAGCUCAAGGAUAAUCCAGAAAUGGCUCUUGACAUCGAGGAAGCGCUCAGUGAACUAUCAAAGAAAAAAGAAAAUCUAUUGUGUCAGACCACAGAAACUAAGGAUGCUCUAUUGAUGGAAAAUAUAACUGAAAAGGAAAUCGCUGAAGAAACAUCGCAAAAAUGUGAAAUAGAUGUUGACGUAUGUUGCAAGGAUGACAAGUUUUUACCGAAACAGUCUUCGACAGACAAUGUUUCUAAUGAUAGCCAAACUGUUUCAUAUUCUAAAUUUUAUUACUUUUAUCAGGCGGAGGACGGACAACAUAUAUAUCUACACGCAGCAAAUGUGAAAAUGUUGGAAAUGCAAUAUGGCAGUUUGGAAUAUUGUCCUCCCACAAUAACGGGCAAGCUUCUUGAAAAAGAAGCAAGUAUUUGUACGGAAGAAUUAAGACGAAGAUUAAGAUAUCUUUGCCACUUACCACUUACUUGUCCAUUUGAAUUGGCCGAGAUCGAAUUAAAACCACCAUUAGUAUCCGCAGAAGUUCUUCAUGCUUUUCGUGACCAAAUAAAAUCGAGACAGAAGUACAGAGAACAAAAAGAACGCGAGGAAAGAAAAAGGGAGAAAAAGAUUAUUGAGGAAGAAAAUAGACAAAUUGGCAUAUACCCAACGCCCAAUAUCGACAUCGAAUCUUAUCAACACUUUCCUCAACUGCAAUCAGAACAAUUGUCUAACGAGAACGUACUGUCACCUGCAGAAUCGGGUAUGUCGAGUGUCGCUAGUAGUCCAGCUUUGAGUGCCUCUGACGAAUUUGUUCCAAAACAAGAAACAGAUUAUUCGCAUGAACACCCUCGAGCACACCCUUCAUUCGCUGAUAUAACAGCAGCAAAAGCGUCAAAAUUCGCUGAUGCAUGGCCAACCGUAAAUUCCAAGAUGCCCUCCAAUACGACAAACGCAUGGUCCAACAAGGAUGAAGAAGUACUAUCGUCGACAAAGACACAUAAGUGUACAGGUGCUUGGCCGUCUGUUAAAUCGUGUAUGUCUUCUGAUACACCAGGUACCUCGUUUAACGAAGAUGAGAAAAAACCGUACAGUUCUGAAGAAGCAAAAGAUGAAGGUAAUGCGUUUGGCAAGAAAAAAAAGAAAAAGAAAGUGAAGGGAACUGUACUGUUUACAACUGGUAUGACAUCUGGUUAUUCUGUAUAAUUACUGUGUAUUUUGCAUAUACUUUUAUGCUAUUCUACGUGCGUUUCUACGAUACGUAACCGAUAGAACUUCAUUCGAUUGAUCGUAGAAAAUUGAUUUUAUUUACAACUCUUGCCACUAUUGUUUGACGUACGGCAUAACGUAUUACAUGUCCUUAUUUCUGAUUAUACUGAAAUUGUGCAUUUGUUUGCCAUAGAAAAUUUUAUUUACAAAAGGUCUCGUAUAUUACGCUCACAAAUAAAAUUUUACUUCAUUCAU